CCUGAAGAGGACCAGAAGCUGAUUUAUUCUGGGAAGCUGCUGCUUGAUCAUCAUUAUCUGAGAGAGUUGUUGCCAAAGCAUGGGGAGUUGCAUGCUCUUCACUUGGUGUACAGCGUCAAGACACCUGCAAAUGUGCAAGAAACCAGAUCAGAGGUUAAAGCUGAUCAGCCCAAGUUAUCAUCAGAAGCUAGUCAGGAACAGUCUGUACCUUCCUCAAAUGAUGCAACACAGAGAUGCUCUCCUGUUGGCCAAUCUUCAGCAGAAGCCAGUAACAGGCUGGAAACAACUUGGCAUCCCUUCCAGAGUGUGGCUCCUGGUUUCUCUGCUUACAUGACCUACAGCAUGCUCCAGAUGGCCUGGCUCCAGCAGAUUUAUGCAAGACAGUAUUACAUGCAAUACUUGGCUUCUACUGCUGCAUCUGCUGACCCAUCCCAUGCAUGGCAUUCCCAGGAGAUACCAGUGGCACCAGUGACACCUCCAGCUCCUCUCCCAGACCCAUUUCCUGCACAAAACCAGCCUGGAAACCAGAAUGCUGCUGCCCAGGUUAAUGCAGUGGCCAACCAGAACCUGCGGAUGAACGUCCAAGGGGGUCCCCUCAUGGAGGAAGAGGAGGAGGGUGGGAAUCGAGACUGGUUGGACUGGCUCUACUCAGCAACACUGUUAUAUGUUUUUGUCAACAUGGUCUAUUUCUACUCCAGUAUGAGCAGACUCCUCCUGGUCCUGGGUGGCACUGUUCUCAUGUACCUGCACCACGUUGGAUGGUUCCCAUUUAGACGAAGACCAGUUCAGCCUGUUCCAGGCAAUGUUCCCCCUCAAGCUGCUCCAAACCAGGACCAGAACAAUAACUUACAGGGGGGAAAUGCAGGCAGAGCAGAUGGAUCUGAGGUGCCUCCUGAUGACGGACAAGCUUUACAAGAACUGCAGCAAGCUAACCCUUCACUUAUGAGCACAGUGUGGUUGUUCUUCAAGACUUUCUUUGCAUCCCUCCUCCCAGAAGGGCCUGGAGUGAUUCGCAACUGAUUUGUCACCAGCUGCUUGUCUGAAAUUGCAAUGGGCUUUAGUCUAUAUGAGAGAAUUGGAUACCAACUCCAAACUGGGCGUGGACAUGGAUGGCACUUCCUCUGGCUUUCACUGACCAAGCAAACAAAGCUGCAGGGUGCCUUGCAUCACUGCAGCCUAGAGAUUAAGAUGCUUGUCCUCAUUCCAAAGAACUUUGUUCUGUAGUAUUAUUAGGUACCUAUGUAGAGGCUUGGCAGUAUGAACUUGUGCACUAAAUGCACAGGCUCUGAGCAGGUGUGCAAAAAUGUUAGAGAAGCAAAUUGCUUCUUCUGUGCAAUGUGAUUCCUGUUGGAAUGUUUCAAAUGUUGUUUUAAUUACACUGAGUGUAGGAUCUCAAGAAAAAAAUUGCUAGAUAUGCAUUAACAGAUUUUUAGGGAAGAUCUGUUGUUUAAAUUGCUUCAGCCAUGUUUUAAAUUUUAUUUGUAAAUACUUCCCUACGAAGGAUGCAUUGUCUAAUUUCCUUGUUGGACGAUGU